CGUAAUCUAGAAUAUUACAUAUUUCAAAGGUCAAAGGACGCAUUAAAACCAUCCUGGUAAAAAAGCUCACGUUUGGUCAAGGCCCCUCUUGGCGGAAACUGCGUGGUUGGACUCCAGGGAGAAGAGCCGGUCAGAAUGUCCCGGCUGGACCCAGCCUGGGGGGUGGAGAGCAGCAGCAGCAUCAGGGAGUGGAGCCGGCAGGUCCAGCCUGCUCUGGUGGCCACCUUGGUGUUCCUCUCCUGUCUGGAAGCUUGUCUGUGGGUCAGGAACCUGCGUCUGAAGAGAAGGCUGCCAGGACCCUUCGCCUGGCCGCUGGUGGGAAACGCCAUGCAGCUGGGCCAGAUGCCCCACAUCACCUUCUCCAGACUGGCCAAGAAGUACGGGAACGUGUAUCAGAUAAGGCUGGGCUGCAACGACAUUGUGGUCCUCAACGGAGACAAGGCAAUCAGACAGGCCCUGGUCCAGCACAGCACAGAGUUUGCAGGCAGACCCAACUUUAUAUCUUUUCAAUCUGUGUCUGGUGGCAACGGCAUGACGUUUAACAACUACAGCAAACAGUGGAAGAUGCACAGGAAAAUAGCUCAGUCUACCAUCAGAGCUUUCUCCUCUGCCAACAGUCAGACUAAGAAGGCGUUCGAGAAGCACAUUGUGGCAGAGGCAACAGAACUGGUGGAGGCCUUUCUGAAACAUUCGGCUGAACACUCGUUUUUCAAUCCUUCUCAUGAGCUGACAGUGGCUGCGGCGAACGUCAUCUGUGCGCUGUGCUUCGGUAAACGUUACGGACACGAUGAUCUGGAGUUUAGGACCCUGCUGGGGAGGCUGGACAAGUUUGGAGAGACAGUGGGAGCUGGCAGCCUGGUGGACGUCAUGCCCUGGCUCCAGUCCUUCCCCAACCCCGUCCGCAGCAUUUACAAAAGCUUCAAAGACCUAAACAACGAAUUCUUCACCUUCGUCAGAAGCAAGGUUGUGGAGCAUCGGGAGUCCUUCGACCCCGAGGUGACCCGGGACAUGAGCGACGCCAUCAUCAGAGUGAUUGACAAGGCAGACAGCCACACAGGCCUGACAGAAGCCCACACCGAGGCGACCGUGUCUGAUCUGAUUGGUGCAGGCCUGGACACCGUCUCCACAGCGCUUCACUGGAUGAUACUGCUGUUGGUGAAGUAUCCCGACAUCCAAGCCAAACUGCAGGACCAGGUGGACAAGGUGGUGGGCAGAGACCGGCUACCCACCAUAGAGGACAGGAGCAGCCUGGCCUACCUGGACGCCUUCAUCUAUGAGACCAUGCGCUACACCAGCUUCGUGCCUGUCACCAUCCCUCACUCCACCACCUCGGACGUCACCAUCGAAGGCCUGCACAUCCCUAAAGACACCGUGGUGUUCAUCAACCAGUGGUCCGUCAACCAUGACCCUCUCAAGUGGAAGGACCCUCACAUCUUCGACCCCUCACGCUUCCUGAACGACAACGGUGACCUGGACAAGGACCUGACCAGCGGUGUCAUGAUCUUCUCUGCAGGGAAGCGGAGGUGUAUCGGCGACCAGAUAGCCAAAGUGGAGGUCUUUUUAUUUUCAGCCAUCUUGCUGCACCAGUGUAUCUUUCAGAAAGAUCCUACUCAGGACUCAUCUCUAGACUGUGUGUAUGGUUUAACUCUGAAGCCCUUAAACUACAAGAUCUCUGCUCAGCUCAGAGGACAGCUGCUGAACGGACCAUAAAGGACUGUGUUUAGUGUUUUUCCAAUAUGCUGUAAGGUAUGAACUUGAACACAGUGAAUAAACAGUCUUUGGGUCUUCAUGAGAUUUGUGUUGAAUGGAUGUUUUGUUAAUCAUAUCUAGCAAAAUGACUGUAUAAUGCAUUUGUGUUCGAUUUCGUUUAAUCACAUUCACUUUAACUGCCUUGCAAUCUGUCCUCAGCAUCCCCUUUACCACACUCAGAAACAGCAGCAUCAGAAAUAACAUUCUACAGUAUCGUAACAAAGUGCCUUUUGCAAUCCAUCAGAAGAAAACUUGCCAUACUUACAUUGUAUAGGGCAACAUGUGUUAUGCAACAAUGGAAUUCUGUCUAUUUGACAAAGUAAAAAAAUAUAUUUUCAGGAUUUCUCCAAAAGUGUUAAGUAAUAUAAAAAUAUAUAUUGCAAUCUUUAAUGUGGCAAACCAAAACCACAGAAAUGAAUGGUUAAGUAUCUAUUGUUCUGUAUGGAGGGCUAUUUAGUCUGGCCACUCCAAACCGACAAAUAAACUGGUGUCCUUGAAUGCAUUUCAUUGUAACUUCUUUUUGUUUUGUUGAUGAGGAGAUAUCAUGUGUUAAGGUCAACAUUAUAUAUAUUUUUUUUAAAUACCCCAAAAAUGUUAACUGUUUUCAUCCAAUCCUUCAUUUAUUUUAUUUUAUGCAUAAACAAAUAAAUACAUGUAAUUUCUUGGAAUACACUGCAUAUCCUGUACCGGACUGUAUAACAUCUAACCUAAAUGCCAAACCCUGAAAUAAACAUCCUGUUCUUA